AUGGCGUCGGGAACGGAGGCCUCCCCGCAGCAGAGCACCGAAAGGCGCGACACCCUGCUGGAGAUCCAGAAGGCCCGCCAGACCGAGUGGGCCCGGGCGGACGUCUUCCGGGCUGAUGCCCCCACGCCGGGCCAGGAAGCGCACAAAGAUGAGAAGUUCUUUGGCAAUUUUCCGUAUCCCUACAUGAAUGGCUUGCUUCAUCUGGGGCAUGCCUUCAGUUUGUCUAAGCUAGAGUUCAAAGCAGCAUUUGAGCGACUUCGAGGUCGCAAUGUGCUGUUCCCUCAGGCAUUCCAUUGCACAGGGAUGCCCAUCAAGGCAUGUGCUGACAAGUUGGACAAAGAGAUCAGGGAGUACGGCUGCCCGCCUGCCUUCCCUGAGCCAGAGAGUGGAGAGACAGUGAAGAAGGAGGCACAGGCAGCUGGGACCAAGACCGACCCUGCAAAGUUUGGUGGCAAGAAGAGCAAAGCAGUUGCAAAGACAGGAGGGGUGACCCAUCAGUGGACAAUCCUGGAGAAGAGUGGGUUCCCAGAAGAUGAGAUUCCAAAAUUCAGGGAUCCUCUGCACUGGCUCCAGCUGUUUCCUGGCAAAGGUGUGGAGCACCUAAAGCUCAUGGGCUGUGGGAUCGAUUGGCGCCGAUCGUUCAUAACAACGGAUGCCAACCCCUACUAUGACUCAUUUAUUCAAUGGCAAUUCAGGAAGCUGAAAAAGAUGGGCAGGAUUGUCAAGGACAAGAGACACACAAUUUUCUCUGUGCUUGAUGGGCAGCCAUGCCUUGAUCAUGACCGGGCUGCAGGGGAGGGCGUACUUCCGCAGGAGUACACACUCAUAAAAAUGGAGGCUGUGGAGCUCACAGCUGCACUGGAACCGCUAUCGGGGCAAGGGAGGGUGUUCUUCAUGGCAGCCACUCUGCGGCCCGAGACCAUGUAUGGCCAAACAAACUUCUGGAUCUUGCCAAAGGGAGAGUAUGGCGCUUACAAGGGACUCAAAAACGAAAUCUACAUCAUGUCUGAGCGCUCAGCACUCAACCUGGCAUACCAAGAGAAAACACCGAUUCAUGGUCAGCCAGAAUGUUUGUUGAAGAUCAAGGGGCAAGACCUUAUUGGCACAGCCGUGAAAUCACCAAAUUGCCAGCACGAUCGCAUUUACGCCUUGCCUCUCAUGACCAUCAAGAUGGACAAGGGGACAGGGGUUGUCACCAGUGUGCCCAGCGAUGCACCCGAUGACUACAUUGCUCUGAGAGACCUCAAGGAAAAGCCUGAACUCCGGGAGAAGCAUGGCGUCAAAGACGAAUGGGUGCUGCCCUUCAACAUCAUUCCCAUUAUUGAGAUCGAGGGAUUCGGGAACAUGGCUGCUGUCACUGUAUCCAACGAGCUCAAGAUAAAGAGCCAGCAUGACACUGCGAAACUUCAGGAAGCAAAGGAGCGCACAUACCUAAAGGGCUUCACAAGUGGCAUAAUGAUAGUGGGUGAGUACAAUGGUCGCAAAGUGAGUGAAGCCAAGCCAUUAUUGAAGAAGGAGAUGGUGGAAAGAGGGGAGGCCAUGUUGUACAGUGAACCUGAGUCCCUGGUUAUGUCCAGAUCAGGGGACAAGUGCAUUGUUGCCUUGACGGAUCAAUGGUACAUAACAUAUGGUGAGGAAGAAUGGGCGAACCUGACGAAGGAGUGCCUUCAACAGCUCAAUUGCUAUGCACCAGAGGCUAAGAACAACUUCACUCAUGUUCUUGGUUGGCUCGAGCGAUGGGCGAUCUCUCGUUCCUACGGAUUAGGGACAAAGAUCCCAUGGGACCCAGAGUACCUUGUGGAAUCCUUGUCAGACUCCACAAUCUACAUGGCGUACUACACAGUCGCUCAUCUUCUGCAGAAAGGCAAUCUCUAUGGAAGCGACCACUCUGGCAUUUCGCCGGACCACCUUACUGACGAGAUUUGGGAUUACAUUCUUUUGGGCGCUGACAUGCCAGCAGACAGUCAGAUCCCUGAGGACACCCUCAAGCAGCUUCGCAACGAGUUCGAGUACUGGUACCCAUUUGAUCUUCGGGUUUCUGGCAAGGACCUGAUUCAGAACCACCUUACAUUCUGCCUGUACAAUCACACGGCCUUGUUCCCCAAGGAGCAAUGGCCUAAGGCGUUCCGUUGCAAUGGGCACGUGAUGGUGGAUGCUGAGAAGAUGUCCAAGUCGAGGGGCAACUUCCUGACACUUGAACAGGCCAUUUCCAAAUUCUCUUCAGAUGCAAUGCGUGUGGGCCUCGCCGAUGCCGGCGACGGCCUGGACGAUGCGAACUUCGAGGGGAAGACGGCCAAUGCGGCCAUCCUGCGCCUCACGAAAGAGCUGACGUGGAUUGAACAGAUCAUGGCAUCGCAGGACAGCCUCAGGCCCGGCCCACCAACCAGCUUCUUGGACCGGGUGUUUGACAACGAGAUCAACAUCGCCAUCCGAAAAGCAUUCGAUGCGUAUGACAAGCUCCUUUUCAGAGAAGCCCUCAAGUCUGGGUGGUACGACUUGCAGUCGGCUCGUGAUCGCUACAGGUUCUCUUGCAAGACGGUCAGCAUGAACCGGGAGCUCAUCAUGCGAUACGUGGAGAUUUCAACUUUGCUGAUGGUGCCCAUAGCCCCGCACACCAUGGACCACACGUGGGUGAACGUCCUGAAGAAGGGCGAGUCGGUGUUGACGGCUGGGUGGCCGCAAGCGCCAGAGCCAGAUUAUGGCUUGCAGCAGGCAGCCACGUACCUUGAAGACUUCAUCACGUCUCAAAGGAGAACGAAACAGAAAUUGGAAGCGCCGGGGAAAGUUAGAAAGGGUCAGGCCCCACCCCCGAAACAGAAGCUGACAAAGAUGGAGGUCUCUGUCGCGGAAGAAUUCAUCGGGUGGCAGAAGCUUGUCUUGGCGUCCCUGUCGUCUCAAUACGAUCCCCUGUCCAACGCCUUCCCGCCCAAGGCCCUUGAUCACGUGAUCGAGGCCAUGUCGGGCGCCCCGGAGGUGAGCGGAAUGAGCCAGAAGGACCUGAAGGCCCAGGUGAUGCCAUUCGCGAAGCACAAGAUGGAACAGGCGAGGUCAGGGGCGGGAGUCGGUGCCCUGGGCGCCAGGCUCACAUUCGACGAGCGGGCGCUGCUCGUUGAGAUGACCGAAUACGUCAAAGACGCGCUGGCCGUGCAGGAAAUGACGGUGGCGCUGGCGUGUCAAGCGGGCCAGGCGCCGGAUGGGAAGAUUGAGGUGUACCCCGGCAGCCCGUUGGUGGUGUUCCAGUGA